AAAACCUAAUUAAUCAUAAUUUACUACUUUGUACUUAUUUAUUGGGAAUACCUAGCUCAAAACUGCUGGCAACAUUACCCAGGUCCGCUCACCGCUGAUCGAUCACAAAUUUGGUUUGGAAAUGUCAAACAAACAAAACAGCGGUCAAGACAGCGGAGUUGUGUGUGCUAUGUGUACAUGAAGGUGUAACAGUCUGCUGCUGUAAGCCGCCGCGAACGGAAGUGCAAUGAAUUCCGUCUGCUACAACGGGGGCAACGACAGACUAAUACACGAAGCUGAUCAAUUAAUAUCGUAUAUCGAACGUGGCUCCAACGUCCUCAAAUUUUAUCCACGGAAGCGGCCUGAACGCCGUUUCCUGUCGGUUCGCCGAGAAACCCACCAGGUCAUCUGGUACAGAAAUGGGACAGCGAACCAAAGACAAGCGUUCGAAGGAGCCCUGGAUAUCCGAGACAUAAAAGAAGUGCGCCUCGGUAAAUCCUCCAAAGAAUUUGAAAGAUGGCCCGAUGAAACAAAGAGGCUAGAAAACUCCAAAUGCUUCACUAUUUACUUCGGCGUAGAGUUCAAACUUCGAUCCGUGUCAUUUGCAGUUUGUAUUUUAGCUCAAACGGAUAAGGAAUGUGAAGCUUGGAGGCAAGGACUGAAGUUUUUGAUCGAUGAAGCCAUCAAUGCAUCAUACCCGUUGCUGAUAGAGAGAUGGCUGCGGAAAGAGUUUUACGUCAUAGAAAAUCCACAUGAAAAGGUCACACUUAAAGAUGUGAAGGCUUUCCUGCCGAAAAUCAACUGCAAAGUAUCAACCAGUAAGCUGCGAGAUAUCUUCCAAGAAGUAGACACUUACAGACGAGGAGAAAUCGGCUUCGAUGACUUCUCUAUCCUCUACCACCGAUUGAUAUUUGAUGAGAAUAAUGUUCUCGAAAUCUUCGACAAAUGUAUGACAUAUUGCAAUAACGGCACUACCAUUACGCUCAAGGACUUCCAAAGAUUUCUGCUUGUGGAACAAAAUGAUCGCAUGGGUGAAGAUGAGCCCAAAACCUCUCAGUACAUCCGAGAUUAUCUUCGCGACCCACAGAGGGAUAUCUAUGAACCAUACUUUACCCUCAAUGAGUUCGUGGAGAUGUUGUUCUCGAAGCAGAAUUCGAUAUGGGAUACUAAACACGACACUGUCAACCAGGAUAUGACCAAACCACUCUCACACUACUGGAUUUCUUCGUCACAUAACACGUAUUUAACGGGAGAUCAGUUUUCAAGCGAAUCCUCAUUAGAGGCGUAUGUCCGUUGCUUACGUUCAGGCUGUAGGUGCAUCGAGUUAGACUGCUGGGACGGGCCCGACGGAACCCCAUUCAUAUACCACGGUCACACCCUAACUACCAAGAUCAAAUUCAUGGAUGUACUACGAACCAUCAAGGAGCAUGCGUUCGUCGCAUCAGAUUAUCCUCUCAUUCUGUCCAUCGAAGACAACUGCUCGCUGCCCCAGCAACGACGCAUGGCCGGUGCCUUUCAAGACGUCUUCGGAGACAUGCUCCUCGUCCAACCGUUAGAGAAGAACGAAACGGCCCUCCCAUCCCCCCACGACUUGAGACGAAAAAUCAUUCUGAAACACAAGAAGCUCCCGGACGGCGCUGAAGAAAACUCGUUUGCCAUCCGCCAGGAGGAAGGAAAGGAUUUGGAUCUCCGCCACUCGAUCAAGAACGGUAUCUUGCUUCUAGAAGAUCCGGUCGACAAGGAAUGGAACCCUCACGCGUUCGUUCUAACCGAAAACAAGUUGUACUACACGGAGCAUUACAGUGGUCAAGCGGAAACUGAUGCUGAAAGCGACAGCGACUUGGAAGGUGAAGCGCAAAGCAUUCCUCAGGAUGAAUUGCAUUUCGGCGAAUGCUGGUUUCAUGGAAAGUUGGCUGGAAAUCGUCAGGAGGCAGAGGAGCUAUUGAAGGCCCAUGCUCACUUGGGAGAUGGGACUUUCUUAGUUCGAGAAAGUGUCACCUUCGUCGGAGACUAUUGCCUAUCCUUCUGGAGGCAGGGCAAAGUUAAUCACUGCCGAAUCAAGAUCAAACAAGAGAAGGGACUGACGAAAUAUUACCUGAUAGAUACGGUGUGCUUUGAUAGCCUAUAUAGCCUCAUCACCCACUACAGACAGCAUCCACUGCGAAGCCAGUGUUUUUUCUUUAAGGAGUUCCUUAUUACGCUCAAAGAACCAGUGCCACAGCCAAAAAAACACGAGAGCAAAGAGUGGUACCAUCCAUUCUGUACCAGAAUACAAGCAGAAGAAUUACUGAGGAAGGCCAAUACAGAAGGUGCUUUCCUCGUCAGACCCAGUGAGAAGGAACAAGGAUAUUAUGCUAUCAGCUUCAGAAGCGAACGCGAGAUCAAACACUGCAGAAUCAAGCAAGAGGGCAGACUGUAUAUUAUCGGAAGUGUGAAAUUCGAGAGUUUGGUAGAACUGGUAUCGUACUAUGAGAAACAUCCUCUAUACAAGAAAGUCAAGCUGUGGUUUCCGAUCAGUGAAGCUAUUGUCAGGCAAAUUAUCGCUGAACCUGAUGACACAUCUGUGUAUGGCACACCCGGUUACAUGGAUCCUAAUUCAUUCACAUCUAAGGUGACAGUAAAAGCGUUAUACGACUACCGCGCUCGGCAGGACGACGAGCUGUCUUUCUGUAAGCACGCUAUCAUCACGAACGUGGAUAAACCUGAUGAAGGGUGGUGGAGGGGAGACUACGGAGGGAAACGCCACCACUGGUUCCCAGCUAACUACGUGCAAGAGAUCGAAGUGCCGCACAUGCCUGAUAUUAGUGGCCUGGAGAACGAUACAGCACUGGGAUCCCUCCAGAAGGGAGUGGUAGAUGUAUUAGGUGCAGUUGUCGAACUGGUGGUAGGCGAAGAAGGUGGUUCCGCGAGGUGGAUUGUUCGCAUUCAAACCCCAUCCAUGUGUGCGCCAUUCGACAUGGCGGCUUCCUCCCGAGAAAACGCCCUAGAAUGGCUCUCCGCCAUCAAAGAAGCGGCCCAAAGCGCUAGCGCCCGAUCUCUCAGACACCGCAAAAUGGAGAGGGAAUGGCGCAUCGCUAAAGAAAUGUCGGAUCUGAUUGUAUACUGCCGGUCCGUUGCGUUUAAUCAGGAAAAACUACGCAAUAAUGGCUUCAUUUUCAAUGAAAUGUCUUCUUUCCCGGAGACCAAAGCAGAGAGACUCAUGUGCCAGCAAGAAACGGCGUUCUUUAUGAAGUACCAUGGGGUUCAAAUGAGCAGGAUCUAUCCCAAGGGUCAAAGAAUCGACUCGUCCAACUAUAAUCCUGUACCCUUCUGGAAUGCUGGCUCCCAAAUGGUGGCACUUAACUACCAGACGCCGGACAAAGCGAUGCAGCUCAACAUGGGAAAGUUCAGGGAAAAUGGUGGAUGCGGGUUUGUCCUGAAACCGAGCUUUAUGAUGGAAGAAGGUUACAAUCCUUUUGAUAGACGUGCGCCGAUUCGCACGAAUUCGAAGGCCAUAAUAGUGUCGCUCCGAGUGAUUGCUGCUCGACAUCUUGCUAAGUCUGGCAGAGGAACCGCUAGCCCCUUUGUCGAAGUUGAGAUUUUCGGCACCGAACAAGACUCUGGUCUCAAGCUGGCAACCAAAACUGUGGCCGACAAUGGAAUAAAUCCGGUGUGGAACGACAUUUGCGAGUUCGAAGUCGCAAACCCAGAUUUGGCUAUGAUGCGGUUUCUGGUACAAGACGAAGAUAUAUUCGGCGACCCGAAUUUCAUUGGCCAAGCGACGUACCCCAUAAAAUGCUUGCGGACUGGAUACCGCAGUAUUAUACUACGGAAUGCGUAUUCUGAGGACUUGGAACUGUCCUCUUUGCUCGUUCAUAUUACCCUGACUAACAAACGCUAGAGUUACCUGCGGCGGAUUGCCCGCAGGCAGUGUUUUUGACGUCCGCCGCUUAGAGAUAUACGAGAUUAGAGAGCCCGAUAUACCGAGAUCAGAAAUUAUACGUGAAGUUGAGAGAUUCGAGAUUGAGGAGCCAGAACAAUUGACUUUCUGGAUGAAGGUCAAAAAGUUUUGCUGCUGCUGUUAAAUUAUAUCGAGACGUCAAACACGGGCAUCCGCUGCCAUAAAGACAUUAUGCAAAUAUUUUAAGUACAGUUUAGUAAGUUCUAUAAAGAGGUAUAUUAUCUCAAGUGACAAGGAUUUAAAAAGUGACUUUACGAUAUGGAUGAUAAUACUUGACUCAAAGUGGUGAUCUGCCAUUUUGAGUCAAAUUUCGCGAUUUUGAAUCAAGACUUAUCCGGAAUUGACUUAUCUAUGGUGAAUUAUAGUCAAAACCGUAAAACGUGGUACGGAAUUCAUAAAUUAUGUAUGUCAAUAAAAAGUGUUGUGUUUCAGCUCAAAGUUUUGACUACAAUUGACCUAUAUUGAUGUUCUAUGGUAAAUAUUUUACCAAAUUUACUGAAUUACGACCUCCUAGGAUAAAUGGAAAUACUAAUGAUAUUUCGGCAACUACUCCGUGCAGGCUCACGAUUUAUUUUUAAUUUUGUUUUGUAGGUAUAUUGUAAUCAUAAGUAUUUCCAUCCUAACAAUCUAUUUUGACUAAAAUCUAUAUAGUGACGUAAUUUAGUGGUACUCGUGAUGAGUAUUAAAAGACUUUCCGAACCAAUAGAUCUUUAUUUUCUACCGACAUCGGUCUAGCGACCCAUGCAGCUGCUGCGUUAUAGUUGCGUAGACCAAAAUGAAACCUAAAGCCUAGGGUCAUAGGGUUUUUUAGAGCAUUUUAUAUCAGAAUUUUUGUCGGUCCCGGUCACUUGCCGUGAGGAUCGGAAAGUCUUUACUUUCCGAUCCUCACGGCACCUUAAUGUUUAAUUAAAUACGUAACUGUCUUGUAUCAAACCAAAUAUCUAGUAAUAAUUCUACCUUCCAUAUAAAAAUUGGAUGUAUGUCUCUUUUUUGAGAAAUGAGAUUUUUGUCUUCGAUAAAGUAGAAAGAAUCUUCACACAAUAUUCUCUUGGUAUUAAAAAAAUAUUAUCCAUAUUUCAAACCGUUGAAAUGUUUACAAUGAAUCUUGAUGUUAGUGAUAUACUGAAAAAAAAAUGUAGGUAACUUGGUUCG